GCUGGCGGGUGAAGCGCGCUCCGCCCGCCUCGCUCUGUGUGUGUGUGUGUUCGUGCGGGUGUUACCGGGGUGUGCGGGAGCCCGAUCGCCGGUCAGGGAUGGAGCCGCUGCCAUGACAACCGCGGGCAGUCCGCCUGCGCGCCCGGGGAUGCUGCCGCCCGCCCGGGCCGGGAUGCUGUUGCCGCCGCCGCCGCGGCCCCGACACCCUUCCUCCUCCUCCUCCUCGCUGCUCAACUGAGUGAGGGGGACACCUCCGGAGACCCACUUCUGGGAGCCGAGGAGCAUCCCGUGCCCGGCCCGUGGGGGACAUCGCCGGCAGCUCCGCGGGGAAGUUUCGAUCUUGCGAAAGAACCGGCAUUUUGGGGAGCUUUCGGGUGUUUUGGGGGCCUUGUUUUCCUUUUCCCGUUAUCAUUUCAAAGAGCAGCAGCCGGCAAACAACCAAACUCCCCUGUUUUUGACUGGGUUUAUGGCCGCCCUCCCUUUUCGUGCCAGAGCCACGUUUCCUCUUUGGGUUAUAAACUUUUGAUGCCAGAUCUCCGCAGCGCGUACCCGUCUGAAUCUUAAAGUAGCGUCUGGAGCAGGCACACAUCUGUGACCUUCAUCUCUUGCACUGCAUCUUCUCUCCUCCUCUUCCUCCUCCUCCCCUCCGGCCCUCCCGUCCUCCUCCCUCACCCAAGGAUACUGGGGACUCCCUCCGGAUGCCGCUCGGCAGGCUCAGCGCUCGCAUCCUGCCUUGCCGGGGGCUCUCCUGAUCUCCGUGGAGCUCCUCAUCGCUCAGCCCCGGAGUGCCCGUGCGCAGCGGAGAUGCCACCUUCCCCAAAGCCAUGGACAACGUGACAGUGCGGCAAGGGGAGAGCGCCACGCUCAGGUGCUCCGUGGACAACCGAGUCACCCGAGUGGCCUGGCUGAACCGCAGCAGCAUCCUCUAUGCCGGCAAUGACAAGUGGUGCUUGGACCCUCGGGUGGUGCUCUUGGCCAACACCAAAACCCAGUACAGCAUCCAGAUCCAAGAUGUGGAUGUCUAUGAUGAAGGCCCAUACACCUGCUCUGUGCAGACAGACAAUCACCCCAAGACAUCGCGCGUCCAUCUCAUCGUGCAAGUGUCUCCGAAGAUCAUCGAGAUCUCUUCUGACAUCUCCAUCAAUGAGGGCGGCAACGUCAGCCUCACUUGCAUAGCCACGGGCAGGCCAGAUCCAACAAUCACCUGGAGACACAUCUCGCCCAAAGCUGUGGGCUUCAUCAGUGAGGAUGAGUACCUGGAGAUCACAGGCAUCACAAGGGAGCAGUCUGGGGAGUAUGAAUGCAGCGCCUCCAAUGAUGUGGCAGCGCCCGUGGUCCAGCGAGUCAAAGUCACUGUCAACUACCCGCCAUACAUCUCGGGUGCAAAGAGCACUGGGGUGCCAGUGGGGCAGAAGGGCAUCCUGAUGUGCGAAGCUUCUGCUGUCCCCUCUGCUGACUUCCAGUGGUACAAAGAUGACAAAAGGCUGGCUGAAGGUCAGAAAGGACUGAAAGUGGAGAACAAAGCCUUCUCCUCCAAGCUGACUUUCUUCAAUGUCUCCGAGCAGGACUAUGGCAACUACACCUGCGUAGCCUCCAACCAGCUAGGAAACACCAACGCCAGCAUGAUCCUCUAUGAAGAGACAACUACUGCCCUGACACCCUGGAAAGGUCCCGGUGCAGUCCACGAUGGGAACAACGGCGCGUGGCGGCGAGGAGGCUGCAUGUGGCUCCUGGCCCUGCCACUCGCCCAGCUCGCCCGCCACUUUUGACCUGAGAAGCCGGCCCGCGGAGCAGCGGCGGCGAUGACCAUGGCCAGCGAGUGCAAGCAGAAGGGAGAGGAGGAAGAACAAGAAGAAGAAGAAGAGCAAGAAGAAGAAGAUGAUGUGUUCACCGUUUCCGAAAAUAAUCAUAAGAAUUGAGAGAGUAUCCGGCCAGGCCACCUGGGGAGGGGGACAGAAGCACCAAACCAUGCAACAAACCGCAAUGAGAAUUUGGAAAGGAGAGAAACGACAACAAAAGCAGAACAAAUCCCAGGCUUCCUGCUGAAGAUGCAACGCAACUGAGUCUUCUUUUCUUUUUUUCCCUAUUUUUUUUUUUUUUUUUGGUCUCCCAGGCCUUUUUUUCUCCCCUUUUUCGCUGUUCUCUUCCCACAGAGGACAAGCAGGGCCAUGGGGCACGGCGCUUCCCACCACCCGCCCGCUCCUUCCCACGGGACCCUCCAUGCGGACGUGCCGGUUCUCUUCUUGGCUGAGAUUUCCCCGUCUUCUCAUGGACUGUGCCGCCAUUUGUGUUCCAGAAUAUAUAUAUAUAUAUCCACAUAUACAUAUAUAUAUAUAUAUGUAUAGAUAUAUAGAUCUUCAACAGUUACCACACCACCACUGACAGAAAGGGAGGAAGGAGACCGGCGUCGAGCCACGCGUUCAUCAUACCACCCGUGGACAUUGUGAAUGAGAAGGGAUUCUGUAUCAUGGUUCAUUUUAUUAAUUGUAUUUUCUGAUACGAGCCUAGAACUCUUAGUUCCUAAAAAACAGAGAUGCAAAAAACGAGGGGGAAGAAAAAACAAAACAAAACAAAAGGAGGAAUAAAGAAGAAAGGCAGAAAGGAGAGGAGGAGCGAGCAGAGAGAAGUUGUCAAGCGCCGCGCAGCCAAGGAGGCAUGGAGAAGGAAGAGAAGGAGGAGGAGAAGGAAGAAACCUGUGCAAAAUCCCCCCAAAACCGGCCCAAAAAGCAGUCUGAUGUCUGAACAUUUCUUGCCAAGGGCACGGGCAACUCUCACCACGCGUCGAGGCGGAGGGAGACACUAAAUCUUUUUAUGGGAUAUAUAUAUACAGUAUAUAUAAAUAUACAUAUAUAUAUAUAUAUAAUUUUUCUUUUUGGUUAGCCUUCUAGCCACGGUUCCCAGCUGGGUCCUUCCGCUGCCAUUACUGCAUGCUGUAUAUGGAGUUAGGUGUGUAUUGGUCCUCAACGAGACCAGCGUCUUGGUCCACAUGUCCCCACACCCCUUCACCUUUCUGCUCUCGGGUCACCGGUGACAAAGGGCCACGGGGGACCGGGGCCCAUCUCUGUCGCCUUUUGCCGUGGGGCAGGGAUAGGGGGAGAUCUAUGUAGCUCAGUUUUCUAUUUUUAUAUAUAUAUAUAUAUAUGUAUGUAUAUGUGUGUGUGUGUUUGCGUGUGUGUGUGUAUAUAUAUAUA